UCGGUCAGAAACUUCGUAGAUUUCGAGCGAGGUGUCUACGAUUGUCUGCGAGGCAAUGCUGCGAGAAUUCACGUCUUUCUAAACAGGUACGCUUUAUGCAAGCUGAAUGUUUCUGAAUUCAUAAGUACACUAUCUGGUUUGAAUAUGCCGAAGAAUGAAGCUUCGAAAAUCAUAUGCUAGAAGCUGCUUCUAUCUUUUGCGUUCAUUGCAACGAAAUUCACUUAUUGCCUUUGUUUUGCGGUGUCGUUGCGCACUGUUUUUUGUUUUAGGGCCAGUUGUAUGGGCUCCUCAAAGUCAAAGUUUCAGUUGUCUAAUGCUGAUGUUUACCGAAACGCUGGCCGAGCUGUUACUCAAAAGUGCAUGGUAAGUGAUAAUUUAAACAAAAUUGGCCACGCGUGGUCACUUUUUCUCUUCUUCACAGAUUCACUUCUCGUUUGUAAUAGCCUUCAUUUGUUUAUCCGCACCCCUCCCCCCUAAAAAUGACUGGUGUCCGAACCCUCAAAUAUUUGUCGCCGCCCUUUGAAAAAUGAAUGAAAUCCGAGGGGUUUAUUUUUUGUCAGCUCCUUUGCAAAUUUUUUUAUUUUGUCGGCUUCUUUGGAAAAAAAGGGGGGGUUGCGGAUAAAAAUGGAACGUCCCUUAGGGGUUAGGGGACAGGAGAGAGGCUGUCCCCCCUUUUUGCUUCUCUCUUCUCCCUUUCCCCUAGAAACACCUUAUACUCAGGCUAAGCUACUUCUUCUUCCAUCACCACUUGGACUUACUUAGCCCUAAACAGGCAUGUGAUUAGUCUAGCCUAGACCAGAUGCCAAACUUUUAUGAGACAAACCAAACAUCUACUUUGGGUAACUUAAAUUAAGUUAAUUUUCUCCUGAACGAGACUAAAGAUACAUUAUCAUACACAUUCUUCAUUUAUUAGUUUAGUUCGUCACAUGUGAAGAUCGACAUUCAGUCCCAGAGACGAGCUUCAGACGUCCUAUCCGUCUGAAGGAGACAGUUAUAACGUGUUGGUCAAUCCAGACUCAUUCAGACAAACUUAACUGAGCCAAACGUCAAACUUUUCAUGAACUUAAUGCACUAAGUUUGGUUUGUCUCAUGAAAAGUUCAACGUGUGGCCUAGGCCUUAAAUAGGGUUGGCAAAUUCAAUAUUUAUCUUCUUGAAGGGUGUGCCUUUCUAUAUGUGUGUGGUACCAAUGACUUUUUAAAAAUCUGUUUCUGUGAUGUCAGUUCAAUGCGCAUCAUUGUCAUCAGAUUGCUCCAAGGGUAGAACCCCUGGCCAACCAGGGAGAUUGUAAAAUUGGUGGAGCAAAGUUGUGAAUUUUCCCUAGGGGGGGGUAAAUAAAGACAAAGGAAGACAAAGGCCCCUGGAUGGGUCACUGAGAGUGAUUUCCAGCUUCAAAUCCCCCUGAAAUCCAAGUCAACUGACGGGGAUUUAUUUGAUUGAGACAGUUCUGUCAACUCUCCUGGAUAAUCCGGGGGACUCCAGAUUUUGAAGCGAAUCAGAUCAGAUCCGACUACAAAUAUUUGUAUAAAAUUUCAACUAUUAAUUUUGCAUUGUUUGAGCUGUUUUCAUGUUUUUAACAUCGAACAUUUCCUGAUAAAAUCUUCCAGUAUGCCAUUGAAAUAAUGUGAUUGGUGGGAAGGAAACCAAUCUGAUCAUAUUGUUUUACAAGGCAAAAACAUCCUUUUCAUGCAUUUUGUGUCAUCGCAAAUUCGUGACGGUCAGAGAGUAUUUUAUGCACAAAUGACAUCACGUGCCUUGCAUUAUGACGGCAUCUACCAUUCCUUCCCUAUCAAUUGUCAGUAUUUGAGUACAUGGGUCGUUGUGACAGCCCUCCUGAGGGAACCUUUUUGUGAUAGUACAGUGGGACCUCUAUAUAUAUAUCAAACCCCUGUAUAACAAAGUUUUAGGUAUAACAAACAUUAGGAAAAUCCAAUUAGUGUUCUAUUAUCAAUGCUUCGUUCUGAUUGGUUGAGCUACUGCUAGGCUAUAUGUUAGAUUCCACUAGUAGGGGGAAAGCACCGGCUCUGAAAACCAAAACAAUGGCGGCUGAAUUGUGUUUUGCUAGCUAAAAUUGUUUUGUCUCAAUAUUUUUGACCAACUGGUUGGAUUUUACUCAUGGCUGCUAAGUCAAUAGCCCAUUCGGCCUUCGGCCUCAUGGGCUAUUGACUCAGAGCCCCUUUGGGCUUGAGGAAUAAUUGGUUAAAUAUUCCUUCACACCAGUCUAAGUAAAACAUAAUAGGGGUAGGGGUCAAGAAAGGUCCUCGUCAGGGAGAAGUAGACUUUCUUGCUGAGCAAGUAACUUUUGAAAAUUCACUGGGCAAGGUCUAAGCAAGUCAUCUUCUAACUAAAUCAGUAAUUAAGACAAGCAACAAGUGGCCCCGAGCAAGCAAAAAUUAUGUGAGAGCUGGAAUUCAAGUAUUCUUUUUUUGAGCCUGGGCUAAGGAACUGUUUUAGGCCCACAGUACUCUGGUAAAAUUAUUUAGUUGAUUGCUUGUUAACUUGUAGAAAAUGGCUGCAACAAUCACAUUGUUCAUGGUUGGUGACGUGAUGUUAGGACGAGGGAUUGACAUGAUCUUGGAACACUCCAAUAAUCCCAUUCUGUAUGAGAGUAAUGGCCUUGAUGCAACAGACUAUGUUACUAUUGCUACAACACAAACUGGACCUAUACCCGACAGAAGGGAACGACAAGUGGAUUAUGUCUGGGGAGAUGCAAUUCAAAUACUGAAAGAAAAGAAACCGGAUCUAAGAAUAAUUAACUUAGAAACUUCAGUUACGACAAGUGCUACACCUUGGCCUAUGAAAGGAAUCCAUUACCGCAUGCACCCCAAGAAUGUGAAUGUUAUUCAGUCAGCUGAUAUUGACUGCUGUGUCCUGGCUAAUAAUCAUGUUGCAGACUGGGGAUUUCCUGGUCUUAUUGAGACCCUGGAUACCCUCCAUGAUGCAGGGAUUAAAUUCACAGGAGCAGGACGCAAUUCUACUGAGGCAAAGGCACCAGCCAUUUUUCAGCUGACCAGUGGUACAAGGGUGUUGGUUUUUUCAUCUGGUCAUUUCUCAAGUGGAGUUCCUGAUUCAUGGGAAGCCAAAGCUGACAGAGAAGGUGUUAACAUUCUUGAGUUCUACCAAGCUGGGAAAGCAGCAGCCUUGCUGAAGGAACAAGUUGAACAGUACAAAGAGGAAGGUGAUGUUGUUGUCUUAUCUGUUCACUGGGGUGGAAACUGGGGCUGGAAUGUUGAUUCUUCUUUUGUCAAGUUUGCACACAAGGCCAUUGAUGAGGCUGGAGUUCAUGUCAUUCACGGGCAUUCAUCUCAUCAUGUCAAAGGCAUAGAAGUGUACAAUGGAAAGCUUAUUAUUUACGGUUGCGGUGACUUUUUAAAUGACUACGAAGGAAUCACAGGUCAUGAGGGUUAUCGCGAUGAUCUUGCUCUGAUGUAUUUUGCAGAUAUAAAUCCUGCAACUGGCCUUUUGGUUGGGUUGAGAAUGGUGCCAACACAGAUCAUGCACUUACGAGUUAACAGAGCCAAGGAGGAGGGAAUCAAAUGGCUUAUGAAGACAAUGUCAAAAGAGUGCAGGAAGUUUGGCUGUGAUGUGGAAAGAGUUGAUGGUGAACUUCAUUUGGUGUUUUGAAUUCACCGGUGAGCAUGACUGCAGAGGCUUGACCCUGUAAUGGAAAUAGGUGUUCGGGUUCCACAGAAAACUGAAGCAGUUUUUGGACACCUAAAAACAAACUGGAACAUUUCAAGAUCUUCAUGUAGCAACCGCAGUUUCUCUAAUGCUUGCAUGUUAGGGCUCUGUUAUCAUCUGCAAAAGUAAAGCAUGCUCUUAAAUUGAGCUACAGAUGCAGAUGCUCAUAGAGAUACAUGUGUGAACCAGAAACUGACAAACUCUGAAUUCAUUUGUCAAGCCACUUAAUUUACAGAAGAGGCCUUCACUCAUUUUUGUUCCUACAUAAGUGUUUCAUUCAGGUUUCCAUUAAUUACCUAAUCACUUGUGUAUAGGUCACAGC